AUGGCGCGCCGAUCUGGGAGAGCGGCCGUGCUCCUCGGCCUUGGCACCGCCUUCGUGGCCCCAUGUGAAUUGCCAAGGCAGGGAGCCUUGCCUGAGCUGGGCCAGAUUGCUCUGGCCCAAUCUGCGCCACAGAACCUGACGCCCCUCGAGAAGUUCGGCCCAGACCCUUUCUUCUACACCUACAUUAUCGUGUCUAUUCUUGUGGUGCUGGUCUCCCUGUACCUCAUCACGAAGCCGUACUGGGAACAGCGAUGGUUGAUCGAGCGCAUCAACUCGCAGAAGCUCAAGUUCAUCACCAACGAGUCCGAGGUCACCCCGCGAGAGCAGUUCGAGCUGGGCCGCAUGACGUACAAUGCUCUGAAGGACUUUCCCAGUGCGCUGGCUGAGUUCGAAGAGGUGGAAGACGAUUUUGACGAGAUCCGAUCAGUGCUAGAUCCGGAGGACGCCAUGGGCGCCUUGGCCGCCCGGGCGCAGCUGCACAACAGCAAAGGCUUUGCUUUGAUGAAGCUGGAGCCGCCCCGCACGGCGCAAGCACGGCGCGAGUUUGUGCGGGCCGUGACGUACUGGCCGGAGUAUCCCGAGGCGCUUCUUAACAUUGGCAGAGAGCUGAUCAAGCGGAAGCGCUUCGAUGUGGCUGUUCGAACUCUGAACACGGCGCUGAAGUGGCAGCCAGGGAACGACGACAUCCAACAGUUCGCAGAGCAGGCGCGGAUGCCUGGCGUUGUGGCCCAUAGUUCCAUGCGCAAGCUUGAGCAAUGCCAAUAUGAGCGGAUUGAUGAGAAGCCGCUGAUUGCGCACAGGUGGAGAUGCAUCGGAGCAAGCGUAGCUGCGCUCGCACUUCUAAUUGCUCUGACAUGCUGGGCGGAAGCAGGCACAAGAAAACCAAGCCUGCGAGCAGCAACCGAAGUUCUGUUUGAGAAAGAUGAAGUCAUUGCCUCGAAUGAAGUCAUUGACUGCCAGCUUUCUGCUGAAGACCGCUUUUCCAAGGCAUUGUUCCUCAGCAGCUCGAUGCUGAAGUCGCAACAGAAGAAGCUUGAAGAGAUGAUGAGGAAGCUGCCCGCGGAUCCUGCCAGCCUCAAGGUCUUGCUGCUGGAAGACGCUGGCUUCCUGAAGAGCUCCUUUUGGAACAACUCCUCGGAGAACUUUCACCAGCCAACAGGCCUCAACUAUGAGAAGAUGAGGAGCCGAUCAGGCUUCAGAACCAACGCGACGCUGGUGCAAGAGUGGACUAGGGGCUUCAAGGGGUUGGACGGUGGCUGGUCGUAUGACAACACCGUGGUUGGACUUGGAGAGAUGUUCAAGAGGGAAGCUUUCACCCACGUUUCGAUCUUUGACCUCUGUGCGAACCAUGACCAAACCAAGGCUUUAUUUCAGCUCCAAUCACAGGACGUCUUGCCCUCCACACCCAUGGGUCCCGUGGAUGAUGCCAAUCCGUGCAUUGAGCAGUUUAAAGCUAUGCUGAACGAGGCUAGCGUGAUCUUCUUCAACGGCGGAAACCCAGACAUGAUCGGCUUUGCCUUGAUGGAAUUCGCGCCCCAGCUGGGCAAGAUGAUUGCGCAUCGUGUGCGUGCUGGAAACCUGAUCUACGUGGGCGGGAGUGCAGGGUCAAUGGCUGCUUCGCGAGACUUUGCCUACACCUAUGAGCCCAAUCCACUGUUAGCACAGGUUUUACUCCGCGACACAUCUGGCCUGUCCCUGGCGGGCCAAUGUGCUAUACGACCCCACUACGGGAAUCUGGUUUGGAACAUCCCUGCCAGGGUGCUUGCGGAAGCAAAGAGGCAAACGGUGGUUUUGCUGAAGAAUGGAGAUGGGUUGGCAUGUGAUGAAGGGCAAUGCAGCAUGGUUGGGCUGACAUCCCGGGAAGGACCCGAUAUUUUCGACUUGCCCACCGAACACUUGCCGCGAAUCUUCAAGGCCUAUCAACUCGCCUAUAAGGCUUAUACGCCUCCAAGGCCAAAUCUUGUUCGAGUUGGGAGACCCUCGGCCCCUCAGUGUCAUGCAAAUCCCCGGUCACUGGUGAUGUUGGCGAGCUCCGGGCUGGAAGACGACUCCAAGGAAGCCUUCAGGGAAAUGAUGCGGAUGCCAGGCAAGCCGCCGAAGGUCCUGUCCCUGGAAGACGGGGCCUGGCUCAUGAGGGCGUUCUGGGAUGCUUCCAGCCCAGACUUUGCUCGUCCAGAGGCGCUGAACUACGGCAAAGCAGGCAUCCGGACCAGCGUCGAGCUGGUGAGAGAGGCCACCGAUGGCUUCGCCGGCUUGGACGCUGGAUGGAUCCGCAGCGACGAGUUGCGAGAUCUCGUUGGCAGUGACAUCAUGCAUGUAUCGGCUUUUGAUUCGUGUGCAACUCAAGAGCAGAAGAAGGCGCUGCUGCGUUUGCAAGCACAGGGCAUCGCGCCUCAGGCGUUGAACGGCUCGGUGCCGAAGGGCCAUGAGUGCCUCCAAACGCUCAUGCGCCAGCUGGCGGAGGCCAGCGUGGUGGUGCUCAACGGCGGCAACCCCGACCUUCUGGGAUAUGUCUACAAGGUGUUCGUGCCCGACUUGACUCGGCAGAUUCAGCGACGUGUAGAGGAGGGCUCAUUGGUUUUCCUGGGCACGGGCGCCGGUGCCAUGGUCGCCGGCGAGAACUUCGCGCUGACCACCGUGGCCAAGGUCCCGCUCCUCUCCAGGCUGCUCAAUGGUGAUAUGCAAGGCCUAGGUCUGUCCGGACGUUGUGCAGUUCGCCCUGGCUGGAACGAUACAAACAGGUUGUGGGAUAUUUCAACUAGCCUGCUGUCCAACGCCCUGGAUGUGGACUUUGUGGGGUUGCGAGACGGCGAUGCUCUCGUUUGCUCCAAGGGCAGCUGCGAGAUCCGAGGACGCACACGACAAAGGGGUGCAGCUACCUUGGAUGGUCCUGAUUCAGCCGGCUCUCACCGUGGACGACUAGAUGAUGUGAUGGCCGCUGCCUUUCACUGAUGGAAAUGUACAUGAAGCGCAUGGAGUAAGCAGUCCAAUGUGACUUGCUUUUCUCACUUGCUCCUUGCUCCAUUUCAGUAGAUGUAUGUGUAACAUGCUAUUGUGUAAAGUUGUAGAGUUGAGGACUUUUAGUCAUGUGUUUUGUGUCGGUCCUCCGAACAGCGGAGCCUGACUCUUCGCUUGCAACUGA